AUGCGAGAACUACCUCGAGUUAAGGGAUACAUCCCUAACGUUAGACCAUCAUCACCCAUCAAAGUACACCCCGAUGAAGAUAUUGAGGAGUUACGUGCCAAUGCAAGGCGCAUUGAGAGAAUGAUGUAUGCAGAUUAUCUUGAUCGGCAACUGGAGGCACUGAUAGCAGAGUCUCAACCAUCGCUCCCGCCCAUCACGCCAACGCCUCUAGUUGCUCAAGUACAAACCCCACCAGAUAAUGACGUUCAGGCCACUCCUACGUCAGAUGGCACCGAAACCACCGUCACUCCUCUACAAUUUCCUUCAAACCCACGACCUCCACCUGGACCACGCCCACCGACGGCGGCGAGAAACACACGAGCACGUAGCAAUUCCCUGGCCAAGAGAAGAAUCAAUGGGGGCGUGGAUCCCCUAGCUCCUCCGCCAAGACCAGGCUUGAUUUCAAUGGACGUGCCCCCAGGGAGGAUGGCAACAAGGCAAGGCGGGAUUCAAAGGCUUCCACACCCACCACAACCGAGACAAGGCGGAAUUGAGGGGUUGCCACGCCCACCUCCAACGAUGCGAGGCGGAAAUCAUGAAGAUGAGACUGUCAAUCAGACUGGAGAAAUGAAGCCUAUUCCUCCUGCACGACCUCACUCUGUUCUUGUGCUUCAUAAGCGUACCCAGCUCACAGAAGGUUGGGAUAUCGUUCUUAGAACAACCAGGGAAGAAGUGCUCGAGGUUAUCGAGCCAGAACAGACCGAAGUCGUCGAGGCCAACGACCAAUCUGCAACUGAGCAGACCCUCAACCAUGAGUCAUCACCAGGCGUCACAUUUCGAGCACCUUCCUGUACCUCGAGCAGUGACCAGGAGGAAAUACCCGAAGAAAUAAGUGCCCAAAGAUAUUCCCGAUCACGGUUUGUUUAA